UCGACCCACAUAGCAACUAGCAAAUAUAGCAAGAUGAGAGUGGUAGCGGCAAUAUUAUGCAUUGUUGUUCUCGCAAUUUGCAGCCUUGGAAUCCAAGGUGACAUCCAGGCCUAUCCCUCCGUCUCCUUCAAUGUGGCGGAUAUCACCGUGGCCACAUACAGAGAAUUCAUAGGGGCACUGCGCAAAUUACGUAUUUGUUCUCUUCUGUUGCAUCAAAUAUGCGCAUUCAACCCCGAAAGUAAAGUGCCGGUUGGGAACCGGUUCGUUAUGGUCGGUCUCAUCAAUGGCGACACAGUCACGUUGGCAAUAGAUGUGGUGAACCUUUAUGUGGUGGCUUUUAGUGGUGCAAAUAACAAAUCCUUCUUUUUCAAAGACGCUACGGCACUUCAAUACAACAAUUUAUUCGUCAGCACCAAUCAAAUCAACUUAGGCUUCAACGGCACCUAUCCCAGCCUCGAGAAGCAGCGAGGAGUUAGGGAGAGGGACCAACUCCCUCUAGGACCAACUCCCUUAGCUGACGCCAUCACAAGGUUGUGGUACGGUGGGAGUGUCGCCGAACCGCUCCUUGUGGUCAUUCAGAUGGUUUCGGAAGCGGCAAGGUUCAAAUACAUUGAGGAACAAGUCCGCAAAAGCAUAACCGAUCGAAACACUUUUACACCAAAAGGUUUGAUUAAGAGCAUGGAGAACAAAUGGUCGGCUAUGUCCAAGCAGGUUCUGCUUUCGAAAGAUCGAGAAACCUUCAUUAACAGCGUUCAACUCCAAGAUGACAAUUACAAGCCCCUCAUAGUAAACAACUUUUCUACACUCAGUCACUAUACCAUGGUCGCGAUUCUUCUCGACAAAAGCGUCACGACUACUAGUAGUCGUAAUAGCAAUAUUGCUCUAGCCGAGGACUACCACAACAAUGAAUUGAGAAAACUCUAAAAUUGCUGUAACUGCCUAACCCCCACAUCUCACCCUUAAAUUAUUCUGUGUAACCUCAUUUCUUCCCAAACUGGUUUCAAGGCAUAAAAUAAAUAGUUACCCUUCAUCUUUCUCCACA